AGAGCAGACCAAAGUCGCAGUCAGCUGAUCGUUUUGAAGCUGCAUUCGCACGUGUUCUUCAAUGAGUACAUAUUUACAAGUGAAUUAUUUCAAUAAAAAGUUGAACAAUACUAUUAAACAAGUUAAACAAUACAAGGAAAUGAACUAAUUUUAUUCAACACACUUUUACAGAAACAUCUUUUACUAUGUUCUUUUCAUAAUUCUCAUUAUUGUCAAUAUAUAUAUCUUAAUAUAAGGUUAUGUUAUCUGCGUUUUGUACAACGCACUAUUAAAGGUGAAUUUUUAAAUUUUGAUAAAAUGCGUAAACUAUUUAAUAUUCAAUUGAUUCAAAAGAGAUUUUACAAGAAACAACCAGUACGCGUACGUUUUGCUCCAAGUCCAACAGGAUUUUUGCAUCUUGGAGGUUUACGAACAGCAUUAUACAAUUAUUUGUACGCUCGUAAAUAUAAUGGUUCGUUUAUUUUACGAAUCGAGGACACAGAUCAAACGAGAGUAGUUCCUGGUGCAAUGGAACAAUUGCACGAUGAUUUAUUGUGGGCAGGAAUUAUUCCAGAUGAAGAUCCGAUUAGAGGUGGUCCAUCAGGACCGUAUAUUCAAUCAAGACGAUUGGAAAUCUAUCAAGAAAAUGUCAAGAAACUUUUGGAUAAUGGAUCAGCGUACCAUUGUUUCUGUACAGAUCGAAGAUUAGAAUUAAUAAAACGUGAAGCAAAUCGACUUGGUGAAAUGCCUAAAUAUGACAAUAGAUGCCGAAAUUUGAGUAAAGAUAAGGUUAAAGAAAAAAUAGAUAUGGAAGAAGCUUACUGUAUUAGAUUUAAGCUUUCACCAACACCAAGUCCUUUUAAAGAUUUAGUAUAUGGAGAUAUAACUUUUGACGCUUCCACUGAAGGUGAUCCUGUGAUUAUGAAAACUGAUGGAUAUCCCACUUAUCAUUUUGCAAAUAUAGUCGACGAUCAUUAUAUGAGAAUUUCACACGUCCUCAGAGGCGUUGAAUGGCAGAUUUCCACUCAAAAGCACUUGUUGCUCUACAAAGCUUUUGGUUGGACACCUCCACAUUUUGGACAUUUACCUUUAAUUUUAAAUUCUGAUGGAUCAAAACUUUCCAAACGACAAGAUAAUAUACGUGUUGAAUAUUAUAGACAAAAUGGAAUAUUUCCGGUAGCUUUAAUAAAUUAUAUAACAACAACAGGCGGUGGAUUUAAAAGAGAACAAGGAACACAAGAAUGUUAUAAUUAUGAGGAUUUAAUAAACCAGUUUGCUGUUAAAAAAAUAAAGCCAAACUCUUCAAAACUAAAUCCUGUGAAAUUGCAAGAAUUUAAUCAACUCGAAUUAUCAAGUUUAUUAGAAAAUGAAAAAAAUAAUAGAAUUUUUAUUUCCAGUAUUGUUAAUAUGGUGCAGGAGACUUUUCCCGAGAGAAAACAAGAUGGCAGUUUAAAAUUGGACGAUGAAAAUAUACUUUCCACUUUGAAAUGGGCAAAAAAUAGAAUAACAAAAUUAACAGAUUUAGUUUCAUCGGAUUUGUCAUUUUUGUGGAUUAUUCCGCCUUUGACUCAAAUUUCAAAAGAUUCGAAACAUAUUGAAAUGGUGCAGGUUUUAAUUGAAAAAUUAGCAGAUUCUAAGGAUGAUAAUAUUGAGAAAGAUGUUAUUUUAUCAUUUAUAAGAGAAUUGUCGAAAAAUAAUGGUGUUUCAUAUCCUGAAUUUAUGAAAACACUUCGAUCUCUACUUAGUGGACUGAAGGUUGGACCAGGUAUUGCAGAUAUGAUGGAGAUUCUUGGAAAGGAGAAAACUAUAGAACGUUUAAAACGUUAUACCAGCGACAAAUUGUGAUUGAACGAGAACAUUAAUGUUGUAUUAGUGAUGGAAGCUUCAAGAGGGAUCGAAAAUCAGUUCGAGGAACAUGAAUUAAAAACGGAGUUGAAAGUUAAAAGGAAGAAAAGUACUUAGAAAAUAUUUUGCUUUGUGAUCUUUACAAAUACAAGUCAAUAUAAAAUAUUGUUGUACAUAUAUAUAGCUAGAUUUUUUGAAAAUAGUUUGUAAAUAAUUUGCUUUUUUGUAAAUAAUUUUUCUUUGAAAAUAAAAUUUAUUUAAAAAUUUA